CAUGUGAAAGGGGGGCUGGAGGCGUGGCCUAGCGACGCACGGGACCCUGCGGCGACGUCCUCCUCCGUCAGGUUGCGUCCCGGGAGGGUGAGACGUGCCGAGCGUCACGAGGGGCUGCUGCUGCGGCUGCUGCUGCUGUCGCCUCGGUCUGCUCCCCCGGCUGUGCCCCGCCCUCCUCCCUGUCUUGUUGUGGCGACGGUUGUUUCUGCGGCUCUGCCUGGUGGAGGCUGGACCUGCUGCCUCAGCUGACACCACCGCGGUGGGUGCUGUACAGUGAUGCUGAUGAAUCUUUUUCACUUUACUACACGAAGGCUGGUUUCUCAAGUAUAUUGUGGACUUAAACCUGCUUCUUCCAAGAAACAAAGGACUUGUUUUGAAAUGGCUCGGCCCAGUUCAAAUAUGGCUGAUUUUCAAGAAGUAUUUGCUAAAGCAAAGCAUAUAGCUAUUAUUACAGGGGCUGGUGUCAGUGCAGAGAGUGGCGUUCCAACCUUCAGAGGUGCAGGGGGCUACUGGAGGACAUGGCAAGCUCAGGAACUAGCUACUCCAGAAGCUUUUGCAAGGAAUCCAUCUAGGGUGUGGGAAUUUUACCACUACCGUAGGGAGCUUAUGAUGAGUAAACAUCCAAACCCAGCACACAUUGCCAUAGCAGAGUGUGAAGCCAGGCUUAGCAAGCAAGGCAGGAGUGUUGUGGUCAUCACGCAGAACAUUGAUGAACUCCACAGAAAAGCAGGAACAAAGCAUCUCUUAGAAAUUCAUGGUAGCUUAUUCAAAACCCGAUGCACUAGUUGUGGAAAUGUGUCAGCAAAUCACAAGAGUCCAAUCUGCCCUGCUUUGGCUGGAAAAGGUGCUCCAGAUCCUGAUGUUGAAGAUGCCAGAAUUCCUGUGAAAGAUCUUCCCCGAUGUGAAGACUGCAGUGGCCUCUUGCGCCCUCAUGUUGUGUGGUUUGGAGAAACUUUGGAUUCUGAUAUCCUUACAGAGGUUGAAAAAGAGCUUGAGAUUUGUGACCUUUGUUUGGUAGUUGGCACCUCUUCUAUAGUAUAUCCUGCUGCUAUGUUUGCUCCUCAGGUCUCUGCCAGAGGAGUGCCAGUUGCAGAAUUCAACAUGCAAAGCACUCCAGCUACAGAAAGAUUCAGGUUCCAUUUUCCAGGGCCCUGUGGUACCACCCUGCCCCCAGCAAUUGCUCGCCAUAAAAUGGAAAUCAUCUCGUGAAUAUUCACUGCAAGCACAGAAGAAUCUGAUUGCUAAUUUCAACAGGGUGUCUAUACAAGAGGACCGGACCUUGCAUAAAACAGUCUACAUAUGAUUGGGAAACUGGAUCUGAGGAUGGCACUGAACAAAACAAAUCAUGAGUCCCUGAUUGAUUACAAGAAAGAGCAAAGGACAAGAAUUAUUAUGAAUUGGGACAUUGGAAAAAUUGUUACAGUUUUUCUAACAAAAACGUGUGUGAAAUAAAAUAUUAACUGUUCCAAGUGUAGUAUCAUAGUAGUGCUAAGAGGACACUGGUGCUCCUAUCUGUCAGACUGUAUCUCUGAUGAAUCAUAAACUCAGAGGGAUGACUCUGUGACUACAUGACUUGCAAAAUAAUGUUCUAAAGUUGCUCUAAAAUUCUGAAAAUGGUAAGCAAGCAAAUGAAUGCUCACAUUAGGAUUUUUUAGGAACACAAUAAAACAAGGUUGUCCUGCUUAUUAGACAGGGCACUCCUAGAAAAGGU